UUUCUUGCAUCAUUUUGACUUUUUGCUUCUGUUCAGUUUUGCUUCUUGUUUUUGGAUUGGUUUGGAGUUUGGUUACUGUGAUUUUUAAUGUUAUGAGUUACUUAGGUGUUGCUGUGCAAAUUGUUUUACGGUUUACCCCUGCGUGCGGUGGUGGUGUCAUGGCAUUAAUUGUUGGUUUAUCGAUUGAUAUUAGGAUUAAUCAGUAUUUAAAACUCAUGAACUGGUCCUGUUGUUGUUACCCUUGGAUGGCUGGUAUUGAUCUUGUUGUUAUCAUCUCUAAUUCAAAUUCAAGGGGAUGCAGAAAAAGAGAAUUUCUUCUGCUGAAUCCGAAAACUCAACCAGCAAGGAACUUAGUCUUGGAACAGUUAAAACCAAAAAUGAAAAAAAGUCUUCUUGACGUGGACUCUGUUCACCUUAGUUUUUAAGUCCUGUUUUCACACCUUCAAAAUUAAUACUGAUUUGUAAUCCUAUCUUCCGUUAUAAAUUCUCUCCAAGCAGGUAGGGUUCUUGUUGUUAGACUCACCCUAAUCAAUUUCUUUUACGGGAGCUAUCAAAUUGAUUUCCCACUUUGAAAUUUAUUAUCUCAAAAGUUGCUCUUCUUAUUUAAUUACUCUUGUCCUUUAAAGAUAUAUAAGGCUUGCUUUCAAUAAGAAACUUAUGUUUCAGACUUUCAUCAUCAAGAUAGAAAGACAAUUAACAAACAAAAUGUUUGGUUGUUUGUCUAUUUUAUUCUUGGCACUAGUUGUUGGCUACUUGCUUAAGUUGUUGUUGAAUGAUGAGAGUUGAGAGUGAGUGUCCUACGCUAAAAUCCAUCCAACUAUAUUUUUUUGGGUCUCCAGACCCACGAAGUCUAACCCAAGAAGGAAUUUAAAAGACUGGAAAUGGAAAGAAAAUGGUUAUGCUGGUCUCUUGUAUUUUGAUGUGGAAACUGAAGACUCGUGUUAUAAAGCAAAAUAUCAAUCCUGAGUGGAAUGAUGAUUUAACUCUUUCCGUUGUGGAUCCAAAUCUUCCAGUCUUGAUAAAAGUGUAUGACAAAGACACGUUCAGCUUAGAUGAUAAGAUGGGAGAUGCAGAAUUCGACAUCAGACAAUUCAUAGAAGUCGUAAGGAUGCAAUUGGAUAACCUCCCUAGUGGAACUAUUAUAAGAAAAAUUCAACCAAGCAGGGAAAACUGCCUAGCUGAAGAGAGCUGCAUUGUCUGGGCUAAUGGCAAAGUGAUUCAAAACAUGUUUCUUAGACUUCGACAUGUUGAGAGUGGCGAGGUUGAACUCCAGCUAGAGUGGAUUGAUAUUCCUGGUUCAAGGGGCAUUUAGAUUGCCUACCUGUAUGCUUUAUAUAGUGUACAGUUGAAGCUCAGAACACUAUAGUUCAGCCGUAAACAAGUUUCUAUGAUGAUGUUCAUUUUUUAUUCAUGGUGAUUGAAUGUCAAAUUUUGCUAUUUACAUCUUUUGUACUUGCUAAUCUGACUCUGCUCGAGAUGUCGGCUUGUGCCAUUCUGAAUUUUUCUUGCAACACAUGGGAAAAUGAGGGAUUUCCUAAGCAUUUAGUGAA